AUGAUCAUUUACAAGGAUAUCAUCUCCGGUGACGAGGUUCUCGCCGAUACCUUCAACAUCAAGACCGUUGACGGUGUCCUCUACGAAUGCGACUGCCGCAAGUACCUGAAGAAGAAGAACGAGGACUUCGAGCUCGAGGGUGCCAACCCCUCCGCUGAGGCUGGUGAUGAUGAUGCCGGCGGUGAGGGUGACGAGGUCAUGGUCCACGACAUCGAGGACCAAUUCCGUCUCAACUGGCUCAAGACCGAGGAGGGCAUGAAGCCUUCCAAGGACGCUUUCAAGUCUCACUUGAAGUCCUACAUGAAGAAGGUCCUCACCAAGCUCCAGGAGAAGGGCGCUCCCCAGGAGGAGAUCGAUGCCUUCAAGAAGGGUGCCCCCGGUGCCGUCAAGAAGAUCCUCGCCAACUACGACAACUACGAUGUUCUCAUGGGUGCCUCCAUGGACGGUGAUGCUAUGCACGUCCUGAUUGACUUCCGUGAGGACGGUGUCACUCCCUUCGCCACUCUCUGGAAGCACGGUCUCGAGGAGAUGAAGGUUUAA